ACGGUAUAGAAGAACUUAUUUCCCGCAAAAUCAUCGUGUCUACCCCCAACUUUUCCAUUUGUUUCCGUGGGGCUUUCUACGAAUCGAAGGCGGGCAGGUCUUGCUCGUCCCGAACCAGGGACUCUGCGCGACUGUCCUGUGAGCGAAUUUGGCAAGAAUGCGGAAGAGAGUCGCUUCGACCCUCUUCUAGUUUCUCGAACGAUCGUUUUCCCUCUUUCCUCGCUUUUUUCAUAUUCAUAUGCUGUGCAGUCGCUUCUGGACAGCCCGAAGACUCCUCCAGUACUGAGUGGCAGAUCCAGUAGACUCUCUGGUGGGGGGUGUGAACCCGCUGCCGAAGGAUCCAGAACUGCAGCUGGUGUGUCCCCGUAUUUACUUCUGUUUCCUUCCCUUGCGAUUGUUGUGUUGCUUCUAUGGUUAUUUUGUCUGUUGAAACGAAACGUGCGUGUAUGCGGCUGGCGUUCCUGUCCAGCAAGGCGGACUGUGGCGGGAACUGGGGGGUCAGUGCCAGAGUUGGCAUCAAGGAUUGCGGGAGUUCUGGCUCAAUAGUAAUUCGUUUCUCUUUGCCGGACCCCUGGAAAAUGCGUGUCAAAUUCCAAGUCCGUCUUCAGCGCAUUUUCUCAAAUCUAGAGCACGGCCAUUUGUGAGGCAGAAUCGACGCGGACGUAUCGUACAGGCUCAGCACUGUCUGUUUCCGUGUCGUUGAAUCCCCCAUUUCUUCCGAAGGCCAACGUCUACCAUCCCUCUCUUCGUCUCACUAUCUUACCCUAUCCAGUGAACAUCCAAAGAAGUUUCCUCUCGUCUCUUCGUUUAUGAGGUCUCUGUGGAGUGGACGCAGGCCACCAUGGAGGGUCAUGGAGGUGCUUGCUUUUCACCCCUGCAACAGCUGGAGGGGGGGCCGUCGGCAACUCUGUGUAGUCGGCAGUACGUAUCGCCUUUCCCCCAUCCGUUCCCGGCAUCUUGUGCCUCAAGAACCUUGCAGUUGUUUCCGUCUUCCAGUCGCGCGUCCCACCAGCCUGUCUUUUUUUCGGCAUCGCAAGCGGCACCUGCAUGCCGUUCCUCGUUGUUUUCUCAGACCAUCGUUUCUUCUUCCCGCGAAGCCUCUGCUGUUGCCGACGUGUCUGCCUCCCGCUGGGAAGCCGGCUACGCGUUUUCGUCUUCUGACUACUCCGGAUGUUCCCCGCACCAACAUGCUUGGAAGGGCGUUGAGGGCCCUCCCGUCGCCGCGCCUCUCUCUCCGUUCUUCUCCUCGCCUUCGUUCAGCCUGCCGCCCUCCUCACCUGCCCCCGCUUCGUCUCGCCCUCCCGUCGCCGUCUCAAGUUACGCUCCGGACGCGGCGUCCAGUUCAGUUUGGCCCUCCGGAGAGCAAGUCUCUUAUUCUCCCUCCUACGUCGAGGGCGUAGUUGCAGCUUCGAGUCCUGCGCCUGACAACCACAGUGAAGCCGGUCGUUCGGCGCGUGUCUCUGUCUCCGUCGCCCUGGUCCCUUCCCACGGCUCCUCGCCCUCUGGCCCUCUGACAGAGGGUCACCUACCAGGGGAUGCACUGGACUUUGGAAGCACCCGAGAACACCCAGUCUAUGGCCCCGCUGCUCCAACCUGUAGCUGGAAGCCUUGUGCGGCUGAUUCCCCUUGCGGUACAUGCGAGCGUGCGUCUCAGGGUUCUUCCCGGACGUUGGAUUCCGCGUUCGCUCUUGGCACCUCAGGGCCUGCCGACCUCCGUCCGACCCCCAGAGGGACCGAUGGGCGAUAUGGAGAUCCAGCCGCAUCGGAGUACGAACGGUUCUCGGCGUUUCCUGUCUCCUUGACUCACCCUGCGGCCUACGAGGGCCUCACUGCCAAGGAGCAUGCAGAGGGAAGCAGUGCAACCUGCGAUACCGCGACUGUAAACAUCGGUAGCCACGCAGUGGCAGGCCCCCAGGCCGGGGCUCUCGAAGCCAACAUAGAGAAUAAGGGAGCCGGCAACUCCGCCAUUCUUCCAGACGACAGACGACCCUCGCAGGCGACCACAGCGACGACCUCGUCCGGAUCAACUGCGAAUGCCUCGUGCUCUGUUCAUUUCCAUGUAGACUUUUCAGGCGACAGUCGCCCAAACGUGGGCGAGGCCGCUCUACCGGUUUUCAGUACUUCUGCGCCGCCAGCCUCACAAAACAAUCAAGGCUGCUUCGCGUUCCGGCCGAGCCCCCUGGGGCCUAGCACAGCAGAGAGCUGCAGUCUACAGCAUCACAGGCUCACGAGAGAGAGCGACUUUGAGCAAUGUCGAAUCUACGAAGAGAGAUCAACAAGAGUGCCUGCACCCGCCUUAGCGCUCGCGAGCGACGGAGCAGAAGGCGGGGCUUCCGCCCACGUUCCCUCGGUGCCCACGACUCCGUUUUCUGCUUUCGUUCAUGAGAGAUACGUACCACGGCGUCCCGGUGUGGCGGCGGCCCGGUUUGGGCUUCCAUCCCUUCCUUGUGCUUCGUCGUCUUCGGCCACGGCAUCGUCUGUGUCUGUGCAGAAAGGUGACACACAUGGCUUACUUGCCCCAGCCGGCAGCUACGAUGCGUUGCCCCCUUGCGCUUCAACAGACUUCCCCACCGACUCUCGCCAGUCUCUUCCUUCGGGCGAGGCCUGUGGGGAGAGGACAGACGGUGUACAUCGCGAGGGCAAUGCCUCCAUGAUUUCCCGGGGUCCUCCCCUUUCUGCUGAGGCGCCCUACUCUACGCCGGGCUUCUCUUCUGGCUGUCCUUAUCGCGCCCCUCGGUUUGUGGCGCCCGCUUCCUCUCCCCCGCCCUUCUCGUGUCCUUCCUCGUCUUCCUUCAUGCCUUGUCAUUUUUCUUGCCAGAGGCCUCUUGCGUCUUCGCCAGCAUCGUCAAGUUUCAUUGAACACUCUGCUCGUCCCGUGACUAAUCAAGGCAAGCUCAAGUCGGCUGACACAGAAGACGCACCCGCAGCUUCUCCCCCCGUCUUCUCACCGUCGCUUUCUUCCUCGCCAUCUCUGCUGCAUGCAGCCGCGACUCUCGGCAGCCUUUGGUGGCGGUCGACGGGCGUGGAAGGGGAAGCGGACGGAAGAAGAAGGAGAGGGGCAGGCCUCAGCAAGGUGGGGCGGCAGUGCGAAGGCGACAAGAAGAGGGAAGAGAGGAACUCGGAGAAUCCCGAGCUUCCAGGGCCUUCACGAGAAAAAGGCAAGAAUCCAGCCUUCCUUCAAGCAGGACACCCCGAAGACAAAACCAAAAGUCGUACCUGCACUGAAAAAGAAGAGACCGAAGAAACUCUCGACGGAGAAAGCGCCACGGAAGAGGGCGCGGCAUCCCGAGACAUGCAUCCAAGUGAGCAGUGUUCCGUGGGGGACAGGAACGACGAGGUAUCGCGGAGGAGGAGAAGACAAGAGAAAGAGACCGCGACGCACGUUGACAGACUCAGGAGGCCGAGGCUAGGAGAAUCCGACGGAGAAGAAGAGGCGGAACCUGAAGAGGAAGAGACAGACCACGAGGAAGUCGAGUCGGAGAGAGAAGAACACACCAGACGAGAGACCGAGAGAGACAAGGCAGAUGCCUACACCGGUGCAUCUCGAGAUCGCCCUUCGAUUUCUCUUGAUGCUGAGCAGCCUCGCUUUUUGGAGUUACGAUCCAGUCCGGAGGGAGACAAGCAGACGCCGAGAGGGCCGAGGAACUCCGACGUAGAGUCUCGAGAGAGAAAAGGGGACUGCGAGAGACAUGAUAACAGUUCUGGUGCACCGAUCGUUUCCAUUUGGCAUCGAGAAGCGAGUGGCGAAUCUUCUGCGGAGAAUCGAAAAAGCAGCGGGCAAGUGGCACGAACUGUGAGGCCCGAUGGUAAAGAGGCUUUGCCCGAGGUUGAGGAAUUUCUCGGAGGGAGGGUGGCAGCGGAAACAGGAAAGGACUCGAUUUCCACUGGCAAGGACCAGGGUGGGAUUCCAGCGCCUUCGUCUCUGUCUUCUUAUUCGUCCUUCUCUUCUUCGCUGCCUUUCCCCGCUUCGACGCCUCCAACGGCACAGGGGCUUCGCGACAAAAAGGACAAAGGUGAGACACUGGACACAUCGCGGCGGUCUCCUGACGGAUCGGUCUCUUCUUCGCCGGCUUUCUCGGCGGCUUCUUCCCCACUGUCGCCGUGCAGAUUUCCUCGCUCUUCUCCACCCUUUCCUGGCUGGGGCCUCGCCAUGAUGCGCCGCCUUCUGGCCGGCGCUAUGUCCGACAUCGACGGCGAGGAAGACAGCGACUUUUCGCUCUCGGAGGACGAGGACGACGACGAAGACUGCUUAGAGGACGAGGAGUUCGACGAUGAGCAACUCGGGUCUUCUUUCUCCAAACGGGGGCAAAAGGUUACUUCCCCGUCGAAGCACUUCGCUCCGCACUCGCUGUUGACAGGUCACUUCCCAAGUGAAGAAGAAGACUCCGACUACACCUUAUCAAGCGCCGGUGACUCCGGAGCGUCUUCUUUCUCUUCGUCGGGAAGCUCGAGCGACGAGAGGAGCCCGAGCAUCUCUUCGCACUCAGCCACCACGUCUCCGUCGCUGUCUCCGGUCUCGCUGUCUCCGGCGUCGCCGUCCGGGUCUUCUGCGAGUCCUCUGUCUCCGAAACCUCGUGGAAAACUCCCGAGAAAGAGGCGCCCUCAACACUCGCGGUCGCCGGACACCUCCUCUGCCGCGCCUGCGUCCCCCGAUUUAAGUUCGGAUGCGGUCGAGAACAGCCAUGGGAGCAAACGUAGCAGGGAAGCAAUGCGGAGGACCUCGUCUGGCGCUUCUGCGCGGAGACGCAAGAGGCGGAGAGGCCGCGAGGGCCGAGAGAAAAGAGAGUCCGUGUCGCCUGCGUUGAGCGAGAACGAAGGGGCGGCUGAUGCACCCGCGGCAGCCGCCUCCAGGAAGAGGAGAGACAGGUCGCGGCUUCAGACAGGCUCUCGGGAUCAGCGGCUGAAACACCGAUCGCGGACGCGAGAGAAGGCGUCUUCGCCUUUCUCGUCCUUCUGUGGCGGCUUCCCCUCUUCUCUGCCCUCGCCCUCUGCGUUCUGGGGUGGCAGCGGCGGUGGAGGGUGUCUGAUGAAGUCGAAGAGAGCGAAGAAGGAAGCGAGCGCGUCGCGCAGAUGUUGGGACAUCCAGACGGCAUCUGCGGCGGUGGUGCCGCCGCCCUUCCCGCUCGCUCACGUCGCCCACCUGGUGCCUCAGCUGAAGACUGAAGAAAGUUCUUCCAACGACUCUUUCUCGCCGAUUUUAAACGGCUUCUCCGCUCGUCAACUGCGCCGACUCAAGUGCCAAAUGGACCUGUAUGUGCAACUCCUCAUGCAGACGAUCUACGUGAUCCGCAACCGGUGCUACGGCGAGGACGAAUGUGAAGAGGAAGAGAGAGAAGGAGACGGAGACACAGAGAGAGACGGAGAGGGCGAAGGGGAGGAAGGCAGGCGCGGACAAGGAGUCCGUGGCGCGAGCGUGGAAAGCACGGCGGCGGAACAGAAGGGAAGCAAGAGAGUGGGGCGUGAGGAAGGAGUCAAGGACGCGACGGAGACGAAGAGCAAAGCUGGAGACAAACUGAUGAGGAGAGCCAUGAUGUGCUGCGACAGCCUGAUUCGGGGACGGCUCGAACAAGUCAACGACCUUCGGGCGCGGCAAGGCCUGUCGCCCUUGGAGCUUCAGGAGCGCCUGCCCUUCCUUGACACGCACUGCUCGUCCCCUGACGGACGUCGCUCUGCUCCCUUUGCUGUUCCGCUCUCGUCCUCCCCCUUUUCUCCCGAGAUUGUCUCUUCGUGCUCUCCGCUUCUCGCCUCGUCUCACGUCGGGCGCGUCGUCGACGACAGCAGCGGCCUGGUGCCCUUCGCGGGCCUCGCGACUCGGACUGCAGCCGUCGGCGAGGGCGAGGACCCCCGCUGUUCUCUCCUUGACUUUCCGCUUCUGAGGAAAAUAAAGCAGUUUCUUCUGCUCCUCGAAGAUCGAGACUCCCGUUUUCCCCGCCCCCUCGAAGAGUUCCUUCGCCUCCAACAACCAUUCGUCGACCCUGCCUUUCUCACUGGCUGCUACCAGAGAAGACGGAAACCUGUGGCGGCGUCUCGCGGGCUCAGCGGAUCACUUUCCUCCUCUUCCAGCGCUCGCGACUCGACAGCCGACGGCCCCGAAAGAAGGAAGGGCGAGGCGAGAAACGAAGAAGCCCACGGCGGCGAAAGCAACACAUUUGUCAUCUUCACCCCAGCAGAAGAUCGACUCUUGGGGCUAGGCCUCGCUCGCGUCGGGCGCCGCCACUUUGCCUUUAUUCGCGAAAACUUCCUGCCCUCCAAGACGCAGUUGCAAAUCACCAGACGCUUCAAGGCUCUUCAGAGACGAUGGCAAGCAGCCAAGGAUCGUCGAAAUCCACUGGCGGCAUGGAGGAUGAGUUUGACUCAGACGUUUUCCGUGGACGAGGACAUGCUGAUAUUGUCUCAUCUGUCCAGCUCGUUUGGAUCACGCGCUGCGCUGGCGUCUGCGUUUGCUCUUGGCACUCCGCCUCCAGCUUCGCUCUCGAAGAAGUGCCGCCCUUCUGUGGACCUCGGGGUCCGAAGCGAAAGAGAGCGAGGCCGGCGCGACGCGAGCCUUCUCCCCAGUGUCGCCUCCUGGCUGCUGUUCAUCGCGAAGCACGACUUAAAACGCGACGUCACCUCGCUUCAGAAACGCGCGAGAUUCCUUCGACACCUCUCGCUCCAUCCCGGGGGCGAGGCUCGAGACGACCGUGGUCGCGCCCUCCCGGUCUUCGAUGACCGAAGCCUCGUACAGGCUCUCAGGGACAAGACCGCUCGCGCAUUCAGUGCGCUGUGGCGACCUGGCCUCGGUUACGCUUCGAGAGACGAUAAAAGAGAGAAAGAAGAGGGCGAGACGAAGAGAGAAGAGAGGGAGAAGAAGGCAGAAGACGAACAGGAAAAAAAGAAGGAAGAAGACAGGGAGAAGAGCGACGAAAGGAAGGAGAUGAGGUGGGAAGCAGAGGACCGCGUCGAUGGCACACGGGAUCGACGACCAUCUUUUCCUCUGGCUUCGCCGGUGUUCCCUUCUCUCGCUGCAUCUCAAGCGUUGCCUGAGGAAGGCAACACGCGUCUGCUCUCUGGAAAGGCGAAGACCUCUUUGGAAACCGACGGCGAGGGAGCGAGCGGGGCCGCGCCCGGCUCAGCCUCGCCGACGCAAGCAGACCGGAACGAAGCGGUCCGCGACGGACCUUCACCGUUUCCUUCUAGAAUGCUUUCGCUGCGGGGGUUCGCUGCUUCCGAGGCGUCUGCCGGCUCCCCUGUAGUGACGACGCAUACAGGAGAGCGUCUCCCUCCGUCCGUGUUUCCUUCAGCGAUGCCGUUCGCGUUGCGCAGUGGUCAUGCCCCAAGGUCGUUGAGCGCCACACCCACUUUCGCGUCUCCUCCGACGACUGGCCGGAGGCGAAGCGACGAAAACGAAGUGGGCAGAAACGAAGGAAGAGCAGAAGGGCGAUUUGAAAUCCGAGACGAGGGAGAGAAAGCCUCCCUGGGUGAUCCGCUCUCUCGGACCUCCCUGGGGUCCACUCAAAGGACGAGCGACUCCAGCACCACGCACGGCCCUUCGGCCUCUUUGAUCCCGCCGCCGCCUUUCUCUUCACCUUCUGUUCUCCCCGCUUCUUCGAUGUUGCCUGCCUCUUCCCCCCCGAGUGUGGCGCAUCCACCGCGACCUGUGGCUUUUCGUGAGCCCUCUGCCGACAGCACCUUCGACCCCUCGUCAGCCUCGUCGUGCUCUCCUUUGCUGCCGUCCUUUCCGUGUCAACAGACCUCGGCCUCAUCUGCGCCUUCCUCGGCGCCUUGCUGCCCGGUCCAGUUGGCACCUCAAGCUCCUGGAGAGCCUGGAGCCUGCCUCCUCGCCCCGGAGAAAGGCCCCACAACACUUCAGGCGCCUCAGGGCCUGGAAAUGCUGGCCGGUCUCCGUGUGGCUGCGGCGCCUGACCAACCGUUCAUGUCUCCACACGAACGAGACUCUUGCCCUGCGCCGGCGUCAGCUGCGGGGGGCGCGAUGGUCCGAAAGCUGGACGCGGCUGUUUCGUGGACUGGAGAGAAUGGGCAGGACUGCAUGCAUUUGCCUUUUUCGCGGGCGUCGGAGCUUUUCCCAGAGCGUCUAGAUCAGAGUGACAAGGCGCUUUCCUCGCGAAAUUUCGGAACCUCCCGUCCCCCUCGAACAGCCUGUUGCGCGCCGUUCUACCAGGACAUCACCGCCAUUGCCGAGGCUCUUGAUGAAAUGCCGUGCGACUUUCUUCUCCACAAUCUUAACUGCGAACUUCCCGCUGCCAUGGCAUUUGAGCCCUUGGCCCAGGCCGUCGUGAACUGCCAAAGCCACAUGUUCCUCUCGCGGCCGAAGCCAGUGAAAAUCGGUGAUCGCAUUAUCCGGGCGAAGCGCAUUUGUCCUCCUUCGCUUCGAGUGAAGAAAGAAAUUCGCGACAUGAUCGUGAAGCAAAGACUUCUGGUGGCGCGCGCUAGAGAGGGAAGAGCUCUCGGAACCGACCCGGCUGCGCUCGCGUUGCGGGAAUGCCAUCGGGCUGCGUAUUGGAAGUCGACUUCUUCUUCCGUUUCUUCAUUGGCUUCUUCUUGUUCGAGCUCACCUUCUAGCGCUCCUCUUCCUCCCUCCUACUGUCCUUCUCCUGCUCAGCCUCCUCCCUCCCGUUUCUAUCCUGCGCCGAACCCCAGCUUCUCUGCAUCUCCUCUUCCUUCUUCUCUCCCUUCGCCUCUUCCCUCGUCCGUGUCGUCUCCGUUUCCUUCGCCGGCUCUUCGGCCGUGUGCGUCGAACGAAACACAUGCACUUUCAACCAUGAAGUGGACAGACGCCGCGCAGGUUUCUUCUCUCCCGCUGCCGCCGCGGAUCGCAGACUCUUGCUACGUGCGAGCCUCGACCUUGACUUCGCCAUGGCUUGCGACUUCUUCAGCGCCCCUCGCGGGCGGCGAAGCGCAGCAGAGCGAGGAAGAGGCGCUGGGAGAGGAGAAGCGAGUCGUCUACUGCUUGGUGCCCGAGAGAGAGCACGACGAGGGAGAGGAGAUCGAACAUGCUCCGGAGGGCGGCAGACUGGCGAGGCAGCACCAGGAAGAGAGACAGGGAGACUCUGAAGACGAAGAAAUCGAGCAAAUCGUCCAGCACUUUCUUCUCCACGCCUCCCGCGAGGACUCACCGCGCACAGCACGGCUGCCGCCCGAACGGCCUCCUGAUCUGGUUGUGACAAGGAGCUCGGCCUCUCCGCUCUUGGGCGUCAGAAAUGAGAGCGAGAGACUGGGAGAGGUGCCACACACUUCGCACGCUGCCAACGAAAAAGAAGACGGACGGAGAGGACCCGAGAAGCUCACAGCCAGAGAAGGAGAGGAAUCUAGGACUAGAGAAGGAGAGGAAAGUCGGACUGGAGCAGGAUGCGAGGAAAUGACGAGCGACGUACUUCUCGGAAGCGUGCGACAGGGAGAAGCCAGCGUCGAGAGAGGAAGGAGAGAAGGAAGGAGAGGGAAUAGCGACAAGGAAGGACAGGCCGCGAGAAGCGGAGACAACGAAGGGUGCGGUGAGCCGCGAGGGAAUAGCAGACCAGCAGAGGUCGAGGACUUUGCUGCGAACGCAGACGGCCGGGAGGAUAUCAGGCCAGCCGAGGAAGGUUCUUUUUGUCUGGCUUUGGACAACAGCGGCUUCAAGAGCCCUGCCUCGUUGAAAGAGAAGACUGCGCAAAGUGUCACAGGGAGAACCGAACAAGAACCAGAGGGCGAGACGCAGACAGAGCAGAGCGAAGCGGGAGGUCAGGAAGCCAGCAGCGAAGCGAGCAAAAGAGCACACGAGGGGAAGGGAGAAGGAGUAGAAAGGCGACAAGGAGAGACAGAGAAUUCGCAAGCAGAAAACGAAGAAGAGAAGGUCGCUGAUGAAAGAAGCUGCCAUGCUAAGUUCUCCGACUCCUGGCUCGCUUCCGUUUCUCCCUCUGACACCUCCGGGGCUCCUGUCUCAGGAUUCGAGUUUUUGUUGCCGUCAGAGAGAGAACUCGAGAGUGGACAGAUAGAGGGAGACAAGUCGCUUCACUCCUCGCGUCCGUCCAGCUCGAGCGAUAGUCCGGUCGCCACAUCUGCUACGCCUGCUACGCGAGCGUUCUUCUCCUGUACGCCGCUCUCAUCUGUUCCAUUUCCUUUCCCUCCUCUCUCUCUUUCUGCUUUCACGACUUCCACCCUUCCUUCUUCUGUCGAACUCCCCUCUUCUGUUGAACUUUCUUCUGAUACGUUUUCUUCUGCUGCACUUCGUUCUUCUUUUGAUCUUUCUUCCUCGACAGAUGCGUCGAGUAGCCUCACGGAGGGGGAAGGAAAGGUGGAGAAAGACGAGGAUUUCGAGAGUCGCCUCGGGAGUGUCGUGGAGACGACAGAUACAUGCGAUGGCUUCGAUCCUCGCUCUUGUACAGUUCUUUCUUCAUGUGAGCCUGUGUCGGGGGGCGAGACAGAGACGGCAGAAACUGGAAAGGAAUCGGCUGUCGACGAGCUCGUCGUUCGUCUCUGGCGCGCCGUUCUCCCCAACAGAAAGCCGCCGCGAGAUGCAGUCAAGCGGGAGAAUCUGAGGAGCCAAAUUGCUCAGAUUUUUCUGACUCUCAGUCGAGAGGAGGACACACAGGCGCGGACAGAAUAAGGUAGUUUGUAGAAGCCUACGAAGCUUCUUUUAUAGAGAACUUUGUUGUCAGUUUCGUUCAACAUGGCGCCGCGUCGGCGGGGAGGCGGUAGGGGUGGUGGGGACGUGUGGUUUGGAGUGUCAGCCGAGAGGAACGAAGCACGGCAAACAGCCUUUGAGUCUUCAAAGUGGAGAGGACAGAGGAAAGGAAGAUUUGCGUUUUAUGGUUUUCCUCACGCUCAUUGCGUUGAAGUUCUCUGAUGGUUCGUGCGAAAUAAUGGUGCUCGCAAUCUCUUUUUUCUGAGAACCGUCUUGUCUUUGGCAACUGGCAUACCUGUCACUGUUUCGGUGUUUCGUGAACGAUCUUUUGAAGAUGACGCUAAUCGCUG